ACCAGCUGACUGCAGGACCAGGACCAAGACCAGGAGCAGACAGUGUUCAUGUGACUGGGCAGAGGCUAUGGGGGGUCCCGUGGUGCCGCUGGCCGCGGCGGCGUCCGCGCUGGGCGGCCUGGUGUUCGGCUACGAGCUGGGGAUCGUGUCGGGGGCGCUGCUGCAGCUCCGGCGGGAGCUGGGCCUGUCGUGCGGGCAGCAGGAGGCGCUGGUGAGCGCCCUGCUGCUGGGAGCCCUGCUGGCCUCCGCGGUCGGCGGCUGGCUCAUCGACCGCCACGGACGCCGGAACGCCAUCCUCCUCGGCAACGGCCUGGUCCUGGGCGGCAGCGCGGCGCUGCUGGGGGGGUCGUACCCGGCGCUGCUGGCGGGCAGGGGGACGGUGGGGUUCGCCGUCUGCCUGUCCUCCAUGUCCUGCUGCAUCUACGUGUCUGAGACCGUGGCCUCGGAGCGCAGAGGCGUCCUGGUCACGCUGUACGAAGCCGGCGUCACCGUGGGGGUCCUGGCCGCCUACGCCGUCAACUACCUGCUGUCCGAGAGCGCGGGCGGCUGGAGGUGGAUGUUCGGCAUGGCCGUGGUUCCCGCCGGGCUGCAGCUGGUCCCCAUCUGGUUCCUCCCCUCCAGCCCCUCCAGCGCCCAGAAUCCUCAGAGCCAGAGGGAGCUCCUGAGCGCCGUGGAACCUGAGGAACCGGACGACUGGAGCGUCUGCUCCAGCAGCAGGACCGGCCGGGUCGGCCUCGGCGUCCUGCGUCUGUGCCAGAGCCGGGACAACAUGAGGACUCGGACCGUGCUGGGCCUGGGACUGGUCCUCUUCCAGCAGUUCACCGGCCAGCCCAACAUCCUGUUCUACGCCUCCACCGUCUUCCGCUCGGUGGGCUUCCGGAGCGACGCCUCAGCCGUGCUGGCCUCGGUGGGCCUGGGCUCCGUCAAGGUGGCGGCCACCCUGACGGCCAUGCUGUUCUCGGACCGGGUGGGCCGGAGGCCCCUGCUCAUCGGCGGCUGCUCCGUCAUGGCGGUGUGCCUGCUGGCGUUGGGGCUGCUGGGUGGGCGCUCGCCGGCCGACGUGCCGGCGCCGUGCGGCGCCCUCGGGGGGAACGACACUCGCUCGGCCGUCGGCAAUCUGACCGGUCCCGGUUCCGUUCUGGAUCAGGGACAGACGCCUCUCAGGAGCGGCUCACAGGACGUCCAGCAGGGACCGUGGGAUGGAUCCGGAGAGUCUCCUCCUGACUGGACCGUCCUGCUCUGCAUGAUGGCCGCCGUCAGCGCCUUCGCCGUGGGAUUCGGACCAAUGACCUGGCUCCUCCUGAGCGAGAUCUUCCCGGCGGAGGUCAGAGGACGAGCCUUCGCCUUCACCAACUGCUUCAACUGGGCCGCCCACCUGCUGGUCACCUCCACCUUCCUGAACGCCAUGGACGCGAUCGGGCUGUCGGGGGUGUUUCUGGUGUACGGCCUCACCGCCACGGCUGCCACACUCUUCUUCUACUUCCUGCUGCCGGAGACCAGAGGGAAGAGUCUGGAGAGCAUCGACCAGGAGCUGCGUCUCAACAGGUUCCACCACAGCAGGAAGUGCUGGAGCCUCUGUGGUGACGAGAACUCUUCCCCACAGUACCAGAGGGUGAGCUACCGGGUCAGCACCACCCAGUGACAGCGCUGCACAGGGCGGAGGACACACGAGACACAGUCUCAGCGGCAGGUGGAGACGGGACAGCCUCAGUAGCAGGUGGAGACGGGACAGUCUCAGCGGCAGGUGGAGACGGGACAGUCUCAGCGGCAGGUGGAGACGGGACAGUCUCAGCAGCAGGUGGAGACGGGACAGUCUCAGCGGCAGGUGGAGACGGGACAGCCUCAGCGGCAGGUGGAGACGGGACAGUCUCAGCAGCAGGUGGAGACGGGACAGUCUCAGCAGCAGGUGGAGACGGGACAGCCUCAGCGGCAGGUGGAGACGGGACAGCCUCAGCGGCAGGUGGAGACGGGACAGCCUCAGCGGCAGGUGGAGACGGGACAGCCUCAGCGGCAGGUGGAGACGGGACAGCCUCAGCGGCAGGUGGAGACGGGACAGCCUCAGCGGCAGGUGGAGACGGGACAGCCUCAGCGGCAGGUGGAGACGGGACAGUCUCAGCGGCAGGUGGAGACGGGACAGUCUCAGCAGCAGGUGGAGACGGGACAGCCUCAGCAGCAGGUGGAGACGGGACAGCCUCAGUAGCAGGUGGAGACGGGACAGUCUCAGCAGCUGGUGGAGACGGGACAGUCUCAGCAGCAGGUGGAGACGGCUCUCAGGGUGUUGUAUUGAAGCCGUCAGUGCCUGAAUGGCCGUCUAUACCCUGAAUGUUGGUUUUGAGGUUGAACCGUCAGUCACUGAGCUGAACGGGUUCUGAUGGCGUCUCUUCUGACCGUGUUGGACGAUCUGGUUCGCUGGUCCACAGAAGAGUUCCUCACCCAGCAGGACUCCCGUCUCAGUGGCUCCACUGGCGGAUGUUCCUCCAGCAGGAAGGCUGAAGGUGCCUUCAGCUGAGGAGAUGGCGUCUCAACAUCCUGUCACAAACUCUCAUUUCACACACGAGAUGUUUCACGUGUUUCAUUUCAUUGAUGCUCUGAAUGCUGUGAACCAAACUGUUAUAUUUUGUUAUAUUCUCAUGACCCUGCCGUUCCUCUGGUCCCUGCUGGUCCCUGCUGGUCCCUCCUGGUUCGGACCCUGCUGGCAGCUCCAGAGGACUUUAGAGACUUUGAAGAAGCUCCAGCAGAGACACUUCUGAAGCUUCACCCUGAUUCAGAGUUUCUAGGAGGAAGAGAGCAGCUUCAGAAUCAGCUGUUAGAACCGUCCUCUCCGAGACCAAACAGUCCAGAAGUUAUCCACAGGUUAAAGUUCGACAUUUCUCUGCUGGAACAAAAGAUAACCCAGCAGGACUCCCCGUCUCAGUGGCUCCACUGGCGGAUGUUCCUCCAGCAGGAAGGCUUAUGACUGGUUUUACUGUUCAGCACUUUGUGUUUUUAUUAAUAUGAAAAGUGCUAUAUAAAUAAAAUUUGAUUUGAUAACUCACUGGUGAGGAGUCACGACUUCUGGACCUGAUCACUUCACAGUUAAAGUAAGGUUAGAUAAAGAUGAGUUAUCAAGGGUUUGGGCCAGUUUUGAGAUGAAACAUUCAGAAGUAAAGAUCCAGAAGCAUCUCAGUCCUGCUCAAAGCUGAGGACCUGGACUGUCUUCAGAACUCACCCAUUUUCCCAUAUUUACCUUCCUGUGUGGAAGGAUGAACAAAUACUUCGGCAAAUUCACUACAAACACGGAAGCGCUGCAGGAAAAGGCCGUGAGAGCCGUCCCCACUGAAAACCCUCCACGUCUUCAGGCUGCAGUUUGAAACUAUUUAAAUAAUGAACAAAGCAAAGAAGAACGAAGAGUCCCGCUGUGAGGGGAGUCCGGGGGGAGCUGGUUUACCGACUCUGCUACACUGAAGCUGCUGUUAAAUCAGGAAAUGAUGUGGUUUUCAGUAUAAAACAGACACCAGGAUUCAGUCAGCUCUGACCUCUUCGCAUGUGAAAUGAGACUUGUUCCUUCUCUGGAUGUUUCUUUAGAACAUGUAAGAGCAAAAUAAAUGUCAACCUCCAUUUUUAAAGAGUGCAACAACCUUUUUCUUUGGAAACAGACGUGCCGUGUGAGAGAAAUCAGCCACAGG